AUGUUGGUAUUGUUUGAAACUCCUGCCGGUUAUGCGAUUUUCAAGGUAAAUUGUACUAAAAAUUUCCAACUUGCCAUGUAACCUAAAAAAUGCACGUGUUUGUAUCAAUCACUUUGGAUAUAUUUCUUACAGUUUAAAUAUAUUGUUGUACAAUUUAAAUACAAUGAAAAUGCUUAUUGGUUUACAUGUCGUAUAAUUAUGUUUGUGUUUUACAGUUACUUGAUGAAAAUAAAUUAACGGAAAUAGAAAAUCUUUAUCAUGAUUUUGAAACACCUGAUGCAGCUAGUAAAGUGUAAGUAAAAUUUAAUUUCCAGAACUUAUUUUUGUAUCGUAUUCCUACUGAAUAAUAUCAUUUAAAAAUGCGGAAAUAUUUACAAUUGCCAUAAAGAUUAUAAUUCAAUAAAUUCAAGUGUAAGAUAUAUUAUUAUAUAUCUUCAUAUUAAUAUUUUAAUAUUGAAAAUUAAUUACAAAAUGUUACAUUUUUAUCUUUUAUGUUACAGAGUGAAGUUGAUGCAUUUUGAAAAGUUUGCAGAUACUGCAGAGGCUCUUGCAGCUACAACAGCUGCUGUGGAAGGUAAACUCAGUAAAUCAUUGAAAAAGCUAAUUAAGAGACACUGCACAGAACUUCAGGAACAACUAGCUGUAGCCGAUGUUAAGCUAGGUAAUGCCAUAAAGGAUAAACUAAGUUUAUCUUGUGUUAGCAACACUGCUAUACAAGAAUUAAUGAGAUGUAUCAGAAGCCAGAUGGACAGUUUAUUGGCUGGUUUACCGAAAAAAGAACUAACAGCGAUGGCAUUGGGCCUAGCGCACAGCCUUUCUAGGUAUAAAUUGAAAUUUUCUCCCGACAAAAUUGAUACGAUGGUAAUACAAGCUGUUUGUCUGUUGGAUGAGUUAGACAAAGAGCUAAAUAACUAUAUUAUGCGCUGCCGUGAAUGGUACUGCUGGCACUUUCCAGAGCUCGGAAAGAUCAUCACAGACAACAUAGCGUUUGUUAAAGCAGUGCAAGUAAUCGGCACUAGAGAAAACACGAUAAAUUCAGAUUUGUCUGAUAUAUUGCCAGAAGAUAUCGAGCAGAGGAUAAAAGAAGCCGCCGAGAUAUCCAUGGGAACUGAAAUUUCCGAGGAUGAUAUUUUACACAUUCAGAGUUUGUGUGACCAAAUUAUUGAAAUUUCCCAAUACAGAACUCAAUUGCACGACUAUCUUAAAGCAAGGAUGAUGUCGUUGUCUCCAAAUUUAACUGUUCUUGUUGGGGAGUUAGUAGGAGCUCGUUUAAUCUCACGUGUUGGCUCCUUAAUCAGUCUUGCUAAACAUCCUGCAUCUACUGUACAGAUACUUGGUGCAGAAAAAGCUCUCUUCAGAGCAUUAAAAGCGAAAAAGGACACUCCAAAAUAUGGUCUGAUAUAUCACGCACAACUUAUCGGCCAAACUUCGACAAAGAACAAGGGAAAGAUGUCUCGCAUGCUGGCAGCCAAAGCUUCCUUAGCAACAAGGGUAGAUGCAUUAGCAGAAGAUGGAAACUUUGAUCUUGGUGCUGAACACAAAGCGAAAUUGGAAGCACGUUUGAGGAUACUGGAAGAAGGGAAUUUUCGUCGAAUUAGUGGUACAGGCAGAGCGAAAGCGAAAUUUGAGAAAUAUCGUAGUAAAAGUGAAUAUAUUCAAUAUCCUGCUGCUGCUGAUGCAACUCUUCCAAGUGGAAAGAGGAAACGUUCCGAAAUCGAGGAAAAAAAACCGUUGAUCGAAGAAAUUGUAAGACCGAGUGAAGAGACAGUUAAGAGAAAGAAAGAAAAGGAAAUUGUCGAUUUUAACAGUCUAGAAGAAUCUGCAACUCAAGUUCACCCAGAGGAGAAAACACGAACAUCAAAAAAGAAGAAGAAAAAGAUGAAAAUAGAGAACAACGUGGAAGGUGAUAAUGGCGAAUCUAAUUUCAAAUUAGAAGAAGAAGAAAAAACGACAGAGAGAGUCCCUGGUAUGUCAGAGGAGCAAACAAAGGAGAAGAAGAAGAGAAAAUCAGAUGAAGAUCAGGAGAUGGAGGAAGCUAAAGUCUCAAAUGAAGAAACAGACGAGAAAGUUACAAGUAGGAAAAAAAAGAAGAAGAAAAAGAAAUCUCAGAAGGAAUGA